UCUCACAGCAUAAAUUAGCACCCACCUCUGCCUUCCUACCUUCCCCUCCCCUUGCUUUCUCCAUCUCCGGAGAUCGGAGCUCGCGUUUUUACCUCACGAAUAGCGCGAGCUCGCACAAAUUCUAUUCCGCGACGCGAUAGUCUUGCACUCUUGCCCCGCGCUGAGUCCUUGGCAUCUGAUGCUUUAUCUCUCCAAAAGUUGCAGCUUAAAGCAUAGCAAGUGCGGUUAUUGGGAGGCUUUUGUUGCAAGAACUGGAUUUUUCCCGCCGGUUAUUCGAAUCGGGAACGCUGGAAUCACUGACACCUAUUCGUCGUGAGGAUUGAUUCCGCGAGAACUCGAUUCGGGAUCGAGUUCUUUGGAAGCUGGUUCCCCAUUGCUGCGCCGUGCGCGCGUGGAAUCCAAUAAUAGGCGCGGCUUCUGUGCUCGUAGAUAAGCUGCGGCGACCGGAGGCGGCGAGAGGGAGCAUAUGGGCGCGGGCGUGUCAGACCUCGCGGCGGGGAUGGAGGCCGUCGGCAAGGUCGCGGGCGGCGCCGGGCUGGGCGAGCUGCCGGAGCUGUGCGCCGCCGAGGUGCUGCUGCACCUGGACGCGCCGGAGAUAUGCCGGCUCGCGCGGCUCAACCGCGCGUUCCGCGGCGCCGCGGCGGCGGACUUCGUGUGGGAAGCGAAGCUGCCGGAGAAUUACGGGUAUCUCCUGGACUUCGUCGAUGGCGCCAUGGAGGGCGGAGGAGGAGGAAGAGAGAGGAGCGUGAUGGGGAAGAAGGAAGUCUACGCGAGGCUCGCCAAGGCUGUGCCAUUUGACGGUGGCAAGAAGGAAUUAUGGUUGGAGAAGAGCAAAGGCGGUGUUUGCAUAGCCUUGUCGUCGAAAUCACUGGUGAUAACGGGAAUUGAUGACAGGAGAUACUGGUCUCACAUGCCAACCACGGAAUCUAGGUUCCAUUCGGUUGCAUACCUGCAGCAGAUAUGGUGGUUUGAGGUGGUUGGAGAGCUCGAAUUCUGCUUCCCGGCAGGGACCUACAGCCUCUACUUCAGGCUCCAUCUUGGGAAGGCAUCCACACGUUUCGGUCGCCGCGUCUGCAGCUCGGAGCAGAUCCAUGGCUGGGACAAGAAGCCUGUGCGCUUCCAGCUCUCAACGUCAGACGGCCAGCACGCCUUGUCCCAGUGCUACCUGGACGAGCCAGGAAGCUGGAUUCUUUACCAUGUUGGUGAUUUCGUCGCAUCGACGACUGAACAACCCAUCAAGCUCAAGUUCUCCCUGGCACAGAUCGACUGCACCCAUACGAAAGGUGGUCUCUGCGUCGAUUCAGUGCUGAUUUAUCCCAAAGGAUUUCAGCAAGAGAAGGUGAUUAGUUCUCAGAAGUGAAAGUGAGUUUGUGCACUCGACCAAAGUUGCUCUACAUUAGAGGAUUAGAGCUGUAGAUAGUGUAGUGUAGACAAUAGCCUACCGUUUUUAACUUGGGCUUAUUGUAUGCAAUGGAAGAAUGGAGUGAAUUUUUUUUGUGCGGCGGCGUGAUGAGUGAGCUUUGUUGCUCUUUCUCACAGUGGUGGCCAUGGUGCUGAGGGGAAUGUCUUGAGCUCACUUACCUUCAGUCACGGCUCCAAAGUGCUUGUACUGAUGUAAGCAUACGAGCAUAGUUUUCAGGUUUUGCUUUUUUUGCAUUAGUUGCCUGUUGCAAUGUUGAAAAGGAUAUACUACUUCAUUAGUGGAUUUCCCCUGUUUUUUGCUCUCCAA